AUGUUCAGUGUUAGUGUCACUUUUCCGGCCACGUAAUUGUUUGUCCAGGAAAUCCCCGGUUUGCCGCAUAUCCAGAAUGGAAUCCAUGACUAGAUACUUGUCCCCAAUCAACCCAACAGUGUUUCCCCACCUGGCCACAGUUCUUCUGGCCAUUGGAACCUUCUUCACGGCCUGGUUCUUCGUCUUUGAGGUCUCCCGACCCAAGGAAUCUUUUGCCGGCAAUGGACAUUCCGCAAAACAGUCCAAGGAUGGUGUGAUUUUCAAGGAACUUCUUAUCAGUCUGUUUGCUUCAAUAUUCCUGGGCUUUGGCGUGCUAUUCCUGAUGCUCUCAGUUGGAAUUUACGUUUAA